AUGUCACGAGAAGAGCUCUCAGCGGCUGCCGCGCCGGUGCUGUUCCGCGACCGAUACCCACUGCCCCUCAUCGCGGAGACCCUGCAGAAUCUGGCCAAGGCUAAGUGGUUCACCAAGUUUGGGCUCUACGAGUGGCUCGUGUGCCCUUUCGGCCUGAGCGGCGCCCCGGCAUCAUUCCAACGAUACAUGAACAGUGUAUUGCGCGAAUGGCUGGACGACUUUGUCACAGCGUACCUGGAUGAUGUACUGAUCUACUCGAGCGGUUCGAAGGCGGAUCAUGAGGCUAAGGUGCGACGAGUUCUCCAAGCACUCGCCGACGCUGGGCUGCACCUAGACCCAGCGAAGUGCGAGUUUUCGGUACAAGAGGUCAAAUACCUUGGCUUUCUGGGCUUCGCCAACUAUUACCGGAUCUUCAUCCCCGACUAUGCCAAGAUCACGCAGUCUCUGGAUGCCCUGCUUAAGAAAGGAACUGCCUUUCAUUGGGGACGAGCGGAGAACGAGGCGUUUCAGGAGCUGAAGCGACGAUUUUGCGAGUCACCGGUGCUCAAGCAGUGGGACCCGAGCCUCCCGACCUUUUUGGAGACGGAUUGCUCAGGCUACGCAUUGGGAGGCGUCCUGUCGCAGGAAGGCCCAGAUGGACGUCGACACGCAUGCGCCUUCUUCUCGAAGCGACUUUCGCCAGCGGAGUACAACUAUCCCAUUCACGACAAGGAGAUGCUUGCCAUCAUGAGAUGUCUCGACAACUGGAACGCCGAACUUAGGAGCUGCGGCCCAUUUACAAUCCUUACCGAUCACCGCAACCUGGCCGAAUUGUCCCAGUUCGACUUCAAGCUCGAGUAUCGACCGGGAAGCGAGGCUGUCGUGCCUGAUGCGUUGUCCGCCGUGAACAAGACAAGCCACAGGGCAUUGACGACGAGCGGGAACAAGGAAGAAUGA